AUGCCCAAUCUCCACAGUCUGACACCGGGAAAACGGCGACGCUCCGCGCUCGAAAUGGCUGCAACAAUUACCGCAAAAAGCUACCCAGGGGCGAAAGAGCCAAACCGGCGUGUGAGCGGUUUUGGUGCAGUGGUGGAAUUUACCUCGAUCACGACAGAGGGCAUUCAUUUCGUGACAAUCCGUAUUGGGCCGCUCUUGGCUUGCAGCCUGUUGGAGAAAACCGAUUGUGCAUCAAACUAA